AUGAACCCAGCUGACCACAUCAACCAGACCCUUUCUGCCCAGAUGUCUCUGUUGGAGCAACAUGACAAUACGCUCAAGGCCCUCAUGGAACACAUGAAGGAGUUUUCCAUCAGCCUGGCAAGCCUGAGGACUCAAGUAAUCAACACAACGGCCACUGAUAACAUUUCUGCUCCUUCUGCUGCCCCAUCGCUAGUCCUGCCUCCUCCUACCAGAGAUGUUUUUGUUCCUCCACCGGCACCGUACCACGGCGACCUGGGGUCAUUACGAACUGGCCAAAGAAUGAACCCAGCUGACCACAUCAACCAGACCCUUUCUGCCCAGAUGUCUCUGUUGGAGCAACAUGACAAUACGCUCAAGGCCCUCAUGGAACACAUGAAGGAGUUUUCCAUCAGCCUGGCAAGCCUGAGGACUCAAGUAAUCAACACAACGGCCACUGAUAACAUUUCUGCUCCUUCUGCUGCCCCAUCGCUAGUCCUGCCUCCUCCUACCAGAGAUGUUUUUGUUCCUCCACCGGCACCGUACCACGGCGACCUGGGGUCAUUGUUACUACCUCCGUUCCGCACCGCCUGA